GGCAAAUAAAACAGCAUCUGGCCGGAGUAUUUAAAGUAGUGCUGCAUGCGGUGCUAGUGUUGGUGCAUUACCUUCUUGUCUGGCCUCAAGAUGUCACAGACGUGGACUCUGCUCUGUUUCCUCAUCGGCACAACAUAUGCUGCCGAGGUCUGUUUUAAUGAGCUGGGCUGCUUUGGUGACCUGCCUCCCUGGGGGGGCACUACUGAGAGACCAGUCACCGUCCUGCCAUGGGACCCCGAGGUCCUCGGCACCCGCUUCCUCCUCUUCACCCCGAGGAACCGCUACUACCAGGUCAUCAAGGCUGACAAAACCAUCGAGGCAUCAAACUACAGCGGCUUGAGGAAGACUCGAUUUGUCAUUCCUGGUUAUUUGAAAGAAGGAGAUGAGGACUGGCCACAGGAGAUGUGCAAGGUCAUGGUGAAGUGGGAGAAUGUGAACUGCGUUGCUAUGGAGUGGAAGAAAGGUGUGAAGACUCAGUAUGCCCAGGCUGCCAAUAACGCCAGGGUGCUGGCUGCCCAGGUGGCAUCCAUGAUCACAUUCCUCAUGGGCAACUUCAAGCAAACGGCUGAUAAGUUCCAUAUUAUCGGACACAGCCUUGGAGCUCACGCUGCCGGAGACAUCGGCAGCAGGGUCGCCGGCCUCGCACGCAUCACAGGACUCGACCCAUCUGAACCUUACUUCCAGGGCACCAGUGCCUCUGUCCGCCUGGACACCAGCGACGCCACCUUUGUGGAUGUCAUUCACACAGAUGGACUUCCUUUCAACUCCAAACUUGGUCUGGGGAUGUCGCAGCCUCUGGGCCACAUCGACUUCUACCCCAACGGAGGAGAACUGAUGCCCGGCUGCUCCGCCAACAGAGGCCGUCCCUCUGACCUGGAUGCCAUCUGGCAGGGUACCAAGAAGUUUGAUGCCUGCAACCACGUCCGAGCCUACGAGUACUACACCGAGAGCAUGGCUAAACCCCAAAGCUUUGUGGGAUACGCCUGCUCUGACAAGGACAGUUUUGCUGCCGGAAAGUGUUUCCCAUGUGUGGACAACAAAUGUCCUCUGAUGGGCUACGAUGCUGACAAGUUCACUUUGACUGACGGCAUUUCAAAGACAAAGUACUUCCUCAACACGGGCAGUUCAAAGCCCUUUGGCCGUUACAGCUACAGAGUGACUAUUACCCUGGAUGGUCCCAGCUGGUCUACCCAAGGCUUCAUUUAUGUGGCACUCGCUGGAAAAAAAGUCAGCACCAAGGAGCACCGGCUUCAUAGGGGGACACUAAUGCCUGGACGGACCUAUGAGCUGGUGCUUGACGCCGAGGUGGACGUGGGCGAUGUGACCGAGGUGAAGUUUCGGUGGAACAACUACAUCAUUAACCCCUUGAAACCCAAGUACGGUGCAUCCCAGGUGAUGCUGCAGAGGGGAAAAGACAACAAGAUCGUCUUAUUCUGCGGAGCAGUGAACGUGAAGGAGAAUGCGAUCCAGCAGGUGCUUCCAUGCCCAGUUUAAGCCCUGACCACCGUGUUACUCAGGGUCUUUCAAUAAAGAUUUUCUCUCAUUUGA